AAGUUUCCCCCUCGCUCUGCGCACCGCCGGCCCUCUCACGAACCGUACCGGAGGACGGAUAGGAAAACUCCCCGCUGCAGAGCCCGUGCGCCCCGGCCUCUUCACGCUCCGACCCCGGGUCCGCUCCGGUGCGUUUAAAAAGGAUUAAUGAGCCAAAAAGGCACCAAACUUCUCAUUUAAGGCUCAUUUUUCGGCGUUGCGCCUGGACGUGCCUGCUUUUCUCCACCUCUCCUUUCGUUAUUAUUCACUCCGCUCGAGGAUACCUGGACCUCUUACUGAUGGAACAGGGUCACUCCAACGUUCUCCUGCAGCCGCCCAACACCACCUAACAUUUCCUGGAAAAACGUGUCCAUCGCCCGCUCCCAACAAACAUGGACUGUUUUCCCAUGCUUUAUUUUCUGUCGGUAAAGACAUCAUGAUUCCUGGUAAUCGAAUGCUGAUGGUCAUUUUAAUAUGCCAAGUCCUGCUGGGAGAGAGCAACCAUGCUAGUCUGAUACCUGAAGAAGGGAAAAAGAAAGUACCGGGCCUUCAGGGUCGUUCGGCCGCUCAGAGCCAUGAACUGCUGCGGGACUUCGAGGCCACGCUGCUGCACAUGUUCGGCCUCAAGAGGCGGCCGCGGCCCAGCCGCUCCACCACGGUGCCCCGCUACCUGCUGGACCUCUACCGCCUGCAGUCGGGGGAGGCCGAGGAGGCUGGGGGGCAUGACAUCGCUUUUGAGUACCCAGAGAGGUCAGCCAGCCGGGCCAACACUGUGAGGGGCUUCCACCAUGAAGAGCACAUGGAAAAGGUGCACGAUCUGGACGUUGGCGAGACCACGCCCUUUCGCUUCCUGUUCAACCUCAGCAGCAUCCCGGAGGAUGAGCUGCUCUCUUCCGCCGAACUUAGGCUCUACCGUCAUCAGAUUGACGAGGUCGUCGCUAACGCCCUCUCAGACGAGCAGGGGCUUCACCGGAUAAACGUGUAUGAGGUGCUGAAGCCCCCGCGGCCCGGGCAGCUCAUCACGCAGCUCUUGGAUACGCGGCUCGUGCGGCAAAAUGCGUCACAAUGGGAGAGCUUCGACGUCAGCCCCGCCGUGCUGCGCUGGACUCGUGAGCGCCUCCCAAAUUACGGGCUGGCUGUGGAGGUGCAGCACCUCAACCAAACGCCGCGUCAACAGGGCCGACACGUCCGCAUCAGCCGCUCGCUACACCAGGAGCCUGGUGAGGACUGGGAGCAGCUGCGCCCCCUCCUGGUUACCUUUGGCCACGACGGGAAGGGUCACCCACUGACCCGCCGGACCAAGCGCAGCCCCAAGCAACGGGGCCGCAAACGCAACCGCAACUGCCGGCGCCACGCACUCUACGUGGACUUUAGCGACGUAGGCUGGAAUGACUGGAUAGUGGCGCCCCCUGGUUACCAGGCUUAUUACUGCCACGGGGAAUGCCCCUUUCCUCUGGCAGAUCAUCUGAACUCAACCAACCACGCCAUUGUUCAGACACUGGUGAACUCUGUGAACAACAACAUUCCCAAGGCCUGCUGCGUGCCAACAGAGCUCAGCGCCAUCUCCAUGCUCUACCUAGACGAACACGACAAGGUGGUCCUAAAAAACUAUCAGGAAAUGGUAGUGGAGGGCUGCGGCUGCCGCUAACACACAGACUAUCUGCAACAUGGACUUGGACUAGAGACUUGAAAAAAGCAACAUGGACGCUCAAACAAAUCAGAAGGUCUUUACUCCAAAAAAAAAAAAAAAAGUUCACUUGGACCCUUAUUUAUAACGUUUAUGUUGAGGUGUAUGUUUGUCUCACUUUUUUUUUUUCUUUGACAAUAUGAUCAUAUAUUUUGACAAAAUAUAUAUAUAUAUAUUUAUAUCUACAUAUUAAAAAUAAAUUGAGUCCUUAUUUUAAACAUAAAAAGCUGUACAACUUUUCAUAAUGUACAUUAGAUUGUAUAAGUUUUUUUAUUGAGAAAAUAGUAAAAACAAUCUAAAAAGUAAAGUUUAUUUACUUGUAAUAUUUAUUGCUUUCAUAUUAUAUACAUUUUUGGAGAAAAAAAAAUAAAAACAUGACUUGCUUCCAAUAAUACAUUCAAACCAAGCACAAGAUACAUGCUUUGUGUAUUUGCCUAAAUUAGAGCACUGUGUAAAACUGUCACUUUUUAAAGGAAACAGGGGAAAUGAUCUGAAAUCUGCACUGAUUCAUUUGAAUCCAUCCCUUGAGACAGAAUGAAUUUGAUCAUUUUAUGUAUCAGAUAUAAGGGUGUGUGUAAACAAGUUGGCAGUAAAUUUCAGUUUUGGUUUCAACAUGAAUUUGGAUUUAAAUUCUACACCUUUAUCAUAGUUAUCUUUUGGCCUUUUAAUGUGUUUCAAUCAACUUUCAUCUAAAACACAAGAUAAAAGCAGAGGAAUCUUUCUGAUGCUCUGGCUUAUUAUUCACCAUUUCAACACCAUUCCACGAUUCACAUUUCACCAAAAAAAGAUGAAUAUUGGAAAUUAUCGUCCUGUGAUGGAUUUUCUCAGUUUUCGGUUACAGAAGCUGUCACAGAAAUGCAAUGCCAUUUCAAAGCGUGUGCCCCCGUUAGAGCGAAGGCCUUAUUGUUCUCAUAUUUCACUUUUAUGUCAACCUGACUAACAUGUGGUGGUUGGACACUCGCUAAUCCAAUUGCAGCCGGGGCGGGCUGUUGAGCCUGACUGUGGGAGAGUGACUCUAUUGUUCUUGACGUCCCCCACAUCGGGGGCAUGAUUGUGGCCGAUGCGUCCUGCCCUGACACAAGACGGCUGAGUCCUCAGAAGAAUCAAAGGUUAGACGCUCUGUCUCCUGCCUUUGUCUUUGGCGGCUCAUGCCGGCAGAGCAAAGACGCCUGUCUCCAACCUGUGCCCCACCACACAAUGGGCUUCUACAUCACUUAUUUACAAGCUGACGGCUGGCCCAAAUUAUAUGAUAAUGUUUGGAGAGAGUGACUACUUUGAACUGCCGAGGGGGGGGGGGAGCUUUGCGUUGCAUUGUUUGUUCUGCAGAGGGUGCCCUGUACAUCAUCGUGUCUCGGGGGUAAACAACUGGACGUUAUUAAAAUAUAAACAAAUCAUAAUAUGAUCACAAUUCUAAAGAAUCUUUUAUCUGCUAGUUUUUACGCAUGAACCCAACUUUUAAACACAAAUUGGUGUUUUUCUCAGGAAUUUUUUUUAAAUGGUAAAGCUCAACUCCAAAGAUAUUUAAGUAGUAUGUUGUCUCAAAUAAAUUAUGAAUGACAAGUUGAUUUCCUAAAUGCAAAGGUCAGGUUUUCUGCAGGAGCAUGUGCGGCCCCCUCAGGCUGCCUGAUGGCCGCUGGGCUUCUCUUUGAUGCCCACUUAGCGUCAGAAAUUAGGGAGAGGUGCUU